AAUUGUAAUGUCUUUAUUUGUCGAACUGGAGCAAACAUAGAAUAGGGGCGAACAGAAUGUAUAUAGACGAUGGGCGGUUGUAGCCCCCGGGGAUUUGAAACGGUCUGAGAGGAUACAUUUUAGAGUCGGUGGACAUAAAUGAUUUUAUACGAAUGCAACAGGGAUCUCUCUCUCGCUUCUUCUUCAUUUUUUUAUCCUUUUUUUUAACCCUUCCUCUAUCCCCGGCUAUGCUAUCAAUGCGUUGUAUUUACCCUCGGGCUAAAGUCGGCAUAUUGACCGAAAGUUAUAGCACGAUCAACAGUCAUGUUCGCGCCCUCAGAACCACACUUGUGUGCCAUACCGAUGGUCUCAUCCCGAUACAGGACAUUUUGUCGAUGGGCCGCCGGAAACGCAUCUUUAAAGCAGAGCAGAGCAGAGCUUUGAUACACUGAUGAUGGUGGCUGUUAGCGAGCAGGUCCCUAGACC